AUGGCUGACAGUGCACGACAUCCCAACCUCAAUUUGACGCCGGAGGAAAAACGGGUCUUCUACCAACUUUUUCAGGCUGCGGAUACGACAAACCUGGGCGUUAUUACCGGCGAGGUCGCCGUUCCGUUCUUCGAAAAGACCCAGCUGGCCCCGGAAACCCUCGGUUUGAUAUGGCAGAUUGCGGACAGGGAGAAUAGGGGUCUCCUGACCCCCUCGGGCUUUGGCGUCGUGCUGCGAUUGAUCGGACAUGCCCAAGCUGGUCGCGCACCGACGGACGAAUUGGCACUACAACCCGCCCCUAUACCUAGGUUCGAUGGCAUCGUAGUCGACCCUGCCGCCCCUACCCCUACCCCUGCCCCUGCCCCUGCGCGUGAAGCCGGUGCAACUAGCCCGCCCCCGGCCCCAGGAACACCAAUUCGCGUUCCUCCGCUGAACCCGGAAGAUAUUAAUAAGUUUCUUUCGCUGUUUGAGAAAUCGGAUGUCUCUCGGACUGGAGUGAUGCCAGGCGAGGCCGCAAAACAAAUUUUUGAACGUGCGAGACUUCCGAAUGAUAUCCUUGGUAGAAUAUGGAACUUGGCCGAUGUCAACCAACGGGGUGCUCUUGACGCGACUGAGUUCAUCAUCGCGAUGCACCUUUUGACCUCUUAUAAAGCGGGCACGAUGAGGGGCAUCCCCCAGACUCUUCCGCCGGGCCUGUAUGAUGCUGCUGCCCGACGGGGCUCUACGCGAUCGUCCGUCGGCGGCUCGCGAGGCCUUGAUGUCCCGCCGGUCCCGGCGAUCCCUAAACAGUUUACUGGUCCUCAACGUACUCAGAGCCCUAUCAGCCGGCAGCAAUUUGGCUCUCCUCUUUCGGCCCAGUCAACCGGUAGCGACUGGCUGAUCACUCCCCAGGAGAAGGUUCACUUCGAUAGCGUGUUUGCGACCAUCGACACAGCAAAGAUUGGUAUGGUUAGUGGUGAUCAGGCUGUCGGAUUCUUCAUCAAGGCGCAGCUGCCCGAGGAGACGCUGGCUCAGAUAUGGGACCUCGCCGAUAUCGAUGCCGAUGGACAGUUGACGAAAGACGAGUUCGCGGUGGCCAUGUACCUCGUUCGAUCGCAGCGUACUGGAAAGGAACCACUUCCACAGACCCUGCCUCCGGCUCUGAUCCCGCCCAGUAUGCGCCGCCCCAGCUCUGGAUACGUUGCUCCCGCUGCCGUUCCCGCUCCCGCUUCCGCUCCUACGCAAGCCCCGGCGCCCCCUCCACCCCGCUCGGCCGCAGACGACCUUUUUGGCCUGGAUUCGCUCUCGGCUCCUGUCCCUCCAGCAGCGCCAUCUCAGAUCCCUCAAUCUACUGGGGGUUCGAACGUGCCAUUCCCCGUUCCUGCAUCGCCGACUUCCAGGGCGUCCCCGCCGAGUGCCUCGACCACGUUUAAGCCCUUUGUUCCCACGUCCUCGUUCGGACAAAGUAUCCAGCCUCAAAUGACUGGCGCUUCCGCCGGUGCGCCACCCCCGGUUCGAUCGCCUCCGCCGCCGUCCGAUGAUCUUCUUGGCGACAAUGACCCCGAGGAGUCUAGCAAAUUGACGCAGGAAACCACGGAACUGGCAAAUUUGUCCAACCAAAUCGGCUCAUUGGCAAAUGAGAUGCAGAAUGUUCAAACAAAGCGCACGGUUGCUGAGCAGGACCUUUCGCAGACCUCUCAGCAGAAACGCGAUUUCGAAACUCGACUCGCUCAGGCUCGGACGAUGUAUGAGCAGGAGGUGAAGAACUUCAAAGCUCUCGAAGAACGGCUGAAUGCCUCCAGAGCGGAGACCAACAAGCUCCAGCAGGAAUUUUCCUUGAUUGAUGCAAGCAGGCAGGAUUUGCAAAACCAGUACGAACAGGUUUCUGCGGCAUUGACCGCCGACCAGCAGGAAAAUGCUAGCCUCAAGGAGAAGAUUCGCCAAGCUAAUGCGAUAGUUGCGCAGCUGAAACCCACACUGGAGAAGGCCCGCUCCGACGCCCGGCAGCAGAAGGGUCUCGCUGCAAUCAACAAAAAGCAGCUUGCCACCGUGGAGGGUGAACAAAGCAAGAUCCAAGAAGAGAUUGACGACCUCUCCAAAGACCAACCCCAAGAGCCAGAGGAGCAGCAUGAGGCUCCAGUGAGUGCUCCUGCCGUCGCCAGCCCCGCCGCCUCGACAGCUAGCCAGAACACAAACCCCUUCUUCAAGCGCACCGCAACCGGCUCUAGCGAAGGUCACCCGCUGUCGCCUCAAAUUUCCAAUGACCAGCAACGCGCGUUCGACAGCCUCUUUGGCCCGUCUUUUACCGCCCAGUCCCCGUCAAACGCGGCCACACCACCGCCUCCAACCUCAUUCCGAGCUGAUUCACAGCCCACUUCGGUCAGGUCUACGCCUAGGGCCCCGACUCCAUCUGUCUCUCCGCCCCCCUCCGCUGCAGGAGCUCUUUCAGACCCACCGGCGCCGACUCAGUCUAGACAGCUUACGCCUAGUGGUCUUCCCUUUGGGGACUCACAGUCUACCACGUCUUCGACUAUGGUUUCCCCCCCAGCUAGUAGAUUUGGCGGACCGGACGCUGUCUCACAAGCAGACACAAGCGACUCUGGGCCCACGCCUGUUGAUGUCGCUCCUACCUCAGCCCCUGCCUUUGAUGAUUUCGAGGAAUCCAAAUCGAAAUUCCCCGAAGUUCCCAGCCCCAGUGACCAGCCAGUAGAAGGUGCUGCUUCGUCCGCCAACGAGUCUAACCAACCCGGUGAAAAGGAUCCAAGUUUCGAUGAGCUAUUCGGUGGUCCCGCACAUCAGCGGUCGACGUCUCAGAAUAAGAGCGAUUUCGAAGAAGCGUUCGCAUCCAUGGGAAAAGGCAGCGGGCCAACCAAAACCAACGGUGCCCCCGAAUCGGAAUUUCCGCCCAUUCAUGAGAUCGAUGACGAUGAUGACGACGAGAGCACGGACAGCGAGUCACACCUGGGCUUUGAUGACAACUUCACCCCGGCGCAACCGGCACAGAGUCAGGUCGCAACCCAGGCACCUUCUGAGUCUCUUGAGCCCUCUCAACUAGCGGCCUUCCCAUUCCCUGGAGCCGCGAGCAGCCCGGCUGAGCCUCCUGCGCCGGAAUCCCAGAAAAGCCCCCCAAAAUAUGAAGAAAGCACGAAAGAUCAGCCUGAAUCUGCAGCACCCGAAUUCAAUGGCCUCUUGCCGCGCCGGGCGGACCCCACUGCUUUUCCGGACGCCCCUCACUCAGUAGAAACAGCCACAGGGGCACCGAUCGUGGGCGGGGAGCCACAGCCCAAGGACGCAGCAGCAGCAGAUGAUAAAAAGGCCAGUGCGCCGGAUUUCGAGGCGGCCUUUGCCGGCCUCAAUCUCGCGCCUGCCAAGGAGAGCGAUGAUGACGAUGACGACGAGUACGAGACACCGGGCCAGAAAAACAAUGCUGAUUUCGACUUCUCGUUCGAUACCCCAUCCCAGCAGAAGCCCACUUCUCCAGGCGCUGGUGCCGGUCCUGCAAACCCUGCUUCCUCCGACUUCUUCAAUUUCGAUCCCCAGGCUACCUCGUCCCCUGGUGGCGCCGCUCCUUCGACCAGCCCCAAUGGCGGGACCAACGCACAAUCCCACGACUGGGAAGCACUCUUUGCACCCCUGGACAAUGUUUCGACCCCCGAGGCUGGCGCCAACGGCGCUAAACCCGACUCCGAUGAAAGCACCAAACCCCCAGGCUGGGCUCUCCAGACCGGCACCGAGGAUGACCAGUUCCUCCAACGUUUGACUGGCAUGGGCUUCCCCCGCGAGGAGUCCCUGGCGGCGUUGGAGAAGUUCGAUUACAAUCUUGACAAGGCGGUUGAUUACUUGACAUCCAAGUCGUAA